AUGGCUGAUUCUCCCAAUGACAAGACUCGUCCCUCUUUAAAAACGAAACUCGUACGUUCACAGAAAAUCAUACAAUUAUCUCCGACAGAGACAAGACCUCAAGAUAUUCCUGAGGAUUCCGAACCACCACCGCCAUCUCGAGACAAUGCGCCUCCUCCUCCUCCUCCUCGCAGUCAUACCCCGGGACAUCUAUCAACCAAGAGUCAAGAUAGGCGGAAGCAGAAAUCUGAUCUAGCUUUGCGCCAGAGAUCACAGUCAUUAUCGCAAAAGGAAUCCUCAACUUCAUCUAUCAAAACAACGACCGAGAAACCACCCUCGCUACAUCAUGUUAGCAGUACACCAAUUCCCUCGGAGAAACUUUUGUCACCAUCCGAUGAUAGUAACCCAGUACCGCAGCUUCCCAAAGAUGAGACGCAUAAACCCAUUAAUCUUCGUUCCACAUCUGCCAUAACACCGAAAGUUUCUUCCUCCGCAAAUUCGUCUUCUCCUGUACCGCCCGCACAGCGUCCGCCUCGUGGGCUUUCUAUUCCGUAUCCUUCAUUGCCAGAUCCUAAACUGGCACCCAAUGUUCUUCCUGCGCCAGCAUCAGGAAUGUACUGGUCUCGCGCCCCUGUCUCGGGUUCGUCCCAUACGUCUUUGCGGGCACACACAACCACACUUAUUGGUUCCAACAUCUACGUUUUUGGCGGAUGUGAUGCACGUUCAUGUUUCAAUGAAUUAUAUGUCUUAGAUGCCGAUGCUUUUUACUGGUCUACGCCCUUUGUUUGCGGAGAUAUACCUGCUCCUUUACGAGCAAUGACGUGUACAGCUGUGGGAAAGAAGCUGAUAGUGUUUGGUGGUGGGGAUGGACCUGCAUACUACAAUGACAUAUAUGUACUCGACACAUUAAAUUUUCGAUGGUCAAAACCGCGUAUAUCUGGGGAGAAGAUACCAAGCAAACGAAGAGCUCACACGGCAUGUUUAUAUAAGAAUGGAAUAUAUGUUUUUGGUGGCGGAGAUGGGGUGCGGGCAUUGAACGACGUGUGGAGGCUAGACGUUGCGGAUACGAACAAAAUGUCUUGGAAACUCGUUUCUGCUCCGACGCAAUCAUCUGCCGAUGAUAGAACUAAGCCAAAAGCUCGCGGGUAUCAUACGGCCAAUAUUGUUGGAUCUAAGCUUAUUAUAUUUGGUGGAUCGGACGGUGGGGAAUGUUUCCGAGAUGUAUGGGUAUUCGAUAUUGAGACGUCGACUUUCUCUCCGGUCAAUAUUUCGCUUUCAUAUCCGCGACUGAGCCAUACUGCUACUAUUGUAGGAAGCUAUCUGUUUGUAAUAGGUGGACACGAUGGUGUUGAAUACUCAAAUGAAGUGUUACUCCUAAAUCUUGUCACCAUGGCUUGGGAUAAACGGAAAGUCUACGGAGAGCCUAUCAAAGCUCGCGGCUACCAUGGAACAGUACUUCACGAUAGUAGACUCAUGGUAAUAGGAGGCUUUGACGGGGGAGAUGUGUUCGGAGAUGUAUGGUUGUUAGAGUUGGCGGUGCAUGCAUAUUAUAGUCAAAUUAGUCAUUUUAGCAUCGAUGUUUAG